AUGUCCGCAUUCCUUCCGCCGUCGGCUCUGCGCCCUCUGCGGUCCGCUCCCGCAUCGCUGCAGUCAUCAAGCUUUUCGCAGCUCCAGUCGAACCGUGUCGCCCAAGCACCGAAAGCGAAGCUGGCCGCGCGAUGGCACAUGGUCGUCACGGGACGGAACGGAAGCCAGGCCCCGAGCACGCUGCAGAGCAGUGGCGGCUUUGAUCUUGCGAGCGGCGUUAUUGAUGAUAAGUUAUGGGAUGUUCAGAUCCCGCGCAUGAGCAAGAUUGUUUGCACUAUCGGCCCGAAGACUUGUGAUAUUGAAAGCAUUGAGAAACUCGCAGAAACGGGCAUGGAUAUUGUAAGGCUUAAUAUGAGUCACGGAACACAUGAAUGGCACGGCAAAGUCAUUGAAACCGUCAGGGAAGUCAAUUCUCGAGGCAGGUUUAAUCUCGGCCUUCUGCUCGACACAAAGGGACCAGAGGUCAGAAGUGGUGAUCUUAAAGCUCCCAUUCAGGUGAAGAGGGGGCAAAAGUUCACAUGGACCGUACGUAAGGACUUUGACUCAUUUGAUGACUUCACAGUGGACGUGUCGUAUGAUGAUUUCGUCAAAGACGUCCACGUCGGCGACACUUUGUUAGUUGAUGGCGGCAUGUGCUCGUUCCUAGUCACUGAGGUCACGGAUAAGGAUGUGCUAAGCGAAUGCAUAGAUGGGGGCACUCUCACAUCACGACGGCAUCUUAACGUUCGUGGAAAGAGCGCGUCGCUACCCGCCAUUACGGAGAAGGAUUGGGAAGACAUCAAGUUUGGAAUGGAAAACAAUGUCGACUUUUAUGCAUUAAGCUUUGUGAAGCACGAGGAUGAUGUGCAAAUGCUGAUAUCCUAUUUGCGAGAGAACAAUAGCCUGGCGCUUGUUCUGUCCAAGAUCGAGUCUGCAGACGCUGUCAAGAGACUUCGCCCUAUUCUCGAAGCCUCUGACGGUGCCAUGGUUGCACGCGGUGACCUUGGUGCAGAGAUUCCUGUUGAAGACGUUCCCCUGGUCCAGGACGAGAUUGUAAGUAUUAAUCGAAGUAUUCGCAAGCCGACAAUUGUCGCUACCCAUAUGCUGGAAAGCAUGAUCACAUAUCCCUCUCCGACACGCGCGGAGGUGGCGGAUAUUACAGAGGCAGUUCGCCAAGGUGCCGAUGCGACAAUGCUCAGUGGAGAGACGGCCAAUGGCUCGUAUCCAUACCAGGCUUUGUCAGUGAUGGCCACGGUCGCAGAGAGUGUGGUCUCACAAGAUAGCGCAUUAUCUGAGAAUGACUUGUUCUCUCCGGUUCUGCGUAUGAACGAGAGCAAAGCACAGGAUGCGCGUCUCGAUUUGGCGUUUGGCGCUUCGACAAUGGCUUCUCGACUCAACGUGGCGGCCAUUGUAGUAUUCACGCGAGUGGGAACAUACGCGAAGCUGGUCUCAUGUACGAGGCCACGUUGUCCGAUCAUUGCAUUCACCCCUGAUGAAGAUCUUGUGCGACGGCUGACUUUAUAUUGGGGAGUAAAACCCUUCGAACUUUCGUUUUCUGAAGACCCUGAAGAGACUAUCUCGCGGGCAGUGAAAUUUUUGAUCGAGAAGGGCCUGACCUCUACCGGUGACACCUUGGUCAUUGCUAGCGAUAUGCUAGUCAGAGAUAAGAGUAAGGUCAAUACCAUUCAAGUGAGGACGGUUCAUUAGAUAUAUUGUUGGCUUCGACAUAGUUAGUCAUCCGUUUAUGCCGGCAGUCAGAUUUUGUUGUUUGUGGACACCUCUGGCCGAGUCGUUGGAUAGAUUUCAGUUUACUCUAUUCCGUCUGUUUUCUGCCUCAGGAUGCCCUUCACGCUGCAGCUUCAGGUACUCUUAACGUUCUGAACAAGCUCGUUUGAAACCUAUGCGUCCGAAAUUGGAAGUCAUCUUGGUGGUAUGCGAAGGGCGCGUACUGUACUCUGGACGUUGAUCGGGUGGACGUAGAGUUGGAAAAUACUGAGAGGCAAGAGAGUAAAUUACUACAAGGGUGAUAUUGUAUUCACCACAA